AUGCGUGCGAAACAGUCUCGGUCCAAUCGUUGGCGAGAUCGAAAGGGCUGUGGGCGGGGCUUUCUGUUCGGCGUAGCCAGUCGCGAGACGGCCCGCCGGACAAGGCCCACAGGCCACAACAAUGGUCUAAGCAGUGGGAGCUGCAGAACAGUCUUCACUGGCAGGCUGAGCACUCCGCUCUUCAGUAGAGGACUGCUGAAUAGGCAUAGAGGGCACCUGCACACCUUCAGUUCAGUCUGCAACUUCAGGUUGAGUAGCAGUGAACUCAGGAAGCUGCUCUUCCUUUUCAAUCUCUUCAAGAUCUCUGUAGAAGAAGAGACAGUUAUCUUGUUUCUUUGCUUGUUUAUCCUGUUUCUUUGCUUGUUACAGAAUCACACAGAUGAAACAUGUCCUUCAUUCACCAAACUGAGCUUUCACAGUGCAGUGGUCGGUACAGGACUAAAUGUGAAGUUGAUGCUCUACACCAGAAAAAACCUGACCUGUGCACAAGUCAUCAACUCCACAAUUUUUGGGAACUUGAAUGUGACCAAGAAAACCACCUUUAUUGUCCAUGGAUUCCGACCUACAGGCUCCCCUCCAGUUUGGAUGGAGGACUUGGUACAGAGUUUGCUCUCCGUAGAAGACAUGAAUGUGAUUGUUGUUGAUUGGAAUCGAGGAGCUACAACUGUGAUAUACAACCAUGCCUUUAGUAAGACCAGAAAAGUAGCAGAAGUCUUGAAGAAAUUUAUCGACCGGGUGUUGGUAGAAGGAGCUUCUCUUGACAACAUUUAUAUGAUUGGAGUAAGUCUAGGAGCCCACAUAUCCGGGUUUGUUGGAAAGAUGUACAAUGGGCAGCUGGGAAGAAUUACAGGUCUCGACCCUGCGGGCCCUUUAUUCAACGGGAGACCUCCCGAGGACAGAUUAGAUCCCGGUGAUGCACAGUUUGUUGACGUCAUCCACUCCGACAUUGAUGCACUGGGCUACAAGGAGCCAUUAGGAAACAUAGACUUCUACCCAAAUGGAGGAUUGGAUCAACCUGGUUGCCCCAAAACAAUAUUGGGAGGAUUGCAAUAUUUUAAGUGUGACCAUCAGAGGUCCGUGUACCUGUACCUUUCUUCUCUGAGAGAGAACUGUGCUAUCACUGCAUAUCCCUGUGACUCCUACCGGGAUUAUAGGAAUGGCAAAUGUGUCAACUGUGGCAUGCCACAAAAGGAGUCCUGUCCCCUGCUGGGCUAUUAUGCUGAUAAUUGGAAAGAGUAUUUAAAGCAGAAAGAGCCUCCUAUGACUAAAGCGUUCUUUGACACAGCCGAGGAGAAACCAUUCUGCAUAUAUCAUUACUUUGUGGACAUUAUAACUUGGAACAAGAACAUAAGAAGAGGAUCCAUUACAAUCAGAUUGACAGACAGAGCUGGAAACACCACAGAAUCCAAAAUCAAUCAUGAACCUGCAACUUUUCAGAAAUACCACCAAGUGAGUCUGCUUGCAAGAUUUAAUCAAGACUUGGAUAAAGUUGCAGCCAUUUCCUUGGUGUUCUCUACAGGGUCUACAAUAGGCCCGAAGUAUAAGCUCAGGAUUCUCCGAAUGAAGUUGAGGUCACUUGCCCAUCCAGAGAGGCCCCAGUUGUGUCGGUAUGAUCUUGUUCUGAUGGAAAACACCGAAACAGUCUUCCAACCUAUUCUGUGCCCAAGGUUGCAGAUGUAA